AUGGCUCCCUACAACAUCAUUGUUUUCGAUCUCGGAGAUGUCCUAUUUACGUGGUCUCAGCAGACAGACACCAAGGUCUCUCCCAAAACCAUGAGAAAGAUCAUCUCCAUGCCAGCCUGGUAUGAAUACGAAAAGGGCUUGCUCGCACGGGACGCGUGUUAUGAACAAAUAGGUGACGAGUUGGGCUUCCCGGCCGUGGAAAUUGCCAAUGCUUUUGAGCAAGCCCGGGAUUCACUACGCGAAGAUCGCAAAAUGACGGCUUUUAUUCACCAGAUAAAAGCCAGGAAACCGAAUCUGUCGGUGUAUGCAAUGUCAAACAUCUCCAGAGAGGACUACGACUUCUUGCGAACGACGGUGGAGGCAGACUGGUCCCUGUUUGACCGUGUCUUUCCCUCGGGACACGCAGGCAUGCGUAAGCCCGAUGUUCAAUUCUUCAAGCACGUGUUGCGUGAAAUCUCGGGCAAGCCGGAGGAAGUGAUUAUGGUGGACGACAAGCUGGAGAAUAUUGAAUCGGCUCGUUCACUGGGAAUCCAUGGCGUUCAAUUUACAGACCCGGCCAAGGCCCGGGAGCAGAUAACGCAGCUUUUGGGUGUUGUUGAUAAUGGCUCUACGAGUCAAAGAAAGAUGCAACUUCUUGGGUCUCUAAUUUUUUGCAUUUUCCUUUUUCUUACUUUUCUGCCUUUUCGGCUUCAAUAG